AUGACUGGUCUCAAUGAAAAAGAAAAGAUGGCGGACGGCGUUACAGAAAGUGGCUUUUUGAAACGAAAAAUAGAGGAAAAUAACACUCCGGACACAAAAGAUAAAGAUGUAAGCUCACCACCAGCUAAGGUGCGAGCCAUAGGGGAGAAUACAAGUGAUCCAGCUACUUCCAAAGCGAAUGUUCUUGAUGUGACGCCUAGCACUAGUGCUGCCAGUCAAAACACUGUUACAGAAAGCAAUAGUGAAACGUCUGAAGAACGAGAGAAAAUGCAGUAAGUAAUCGAUUUAUCGCUGUCUAAGUCGACCAGUGAGUGUCAGUUACAUUACAGUGGUAGAGUAGCAGUGUCCAUGCUUUGCAGAAAACCUUCUCUCUUGUUUUCUGCGAAGCAUGGACACAGCUAAUCCAGGGAUAUCCAAUCGAUGACAAUUGAUAUCAAUCAAUACCAAUUGAUAUCAAUUAAUCGAUUGAUAUUGACAAUCGAUGGCGAAGAUUUAUGUGGUUAUCGAUUGGUAUCGUUUUCAAUAACAAUCGAUAGAUAAAUUGAUAUCGAUUGGUAUUAUUGGUUGCAGAUUGACGGAAUCGACGCAUAAAUAUCACAUCUUUGUACGUCAUUAUUGCAAACACAUUUCAUUUUAAUGCUUUGAAAGUUAACAGGCAAACUAUACUUUCUUCUUUCUUUUCAACGCCCUGUCCACAGGUAUCCUUCUUCCUUCGACGACUCAAAACUUUGUUCCUGCUCUUGCGAUUUACGGUCAUUUCGUUCCAUAGUCAGAUCCCCACCCAAUAGUCAUGUAUUCCCACAUGAAAAAAGUCAUUAAAUUUUUCAAAAAGUUUCUCUCGCUGUUUAAUCUAAAACCACUUUACAUCGUGGUAACGUUUGAAAAAUCGUUUCCGAAAACAUAAGUUAACAUCGUCGGGCGCUCGCAACAUUAUGUAAAUAGUUCUGAAAAUACUUUCAUCCAUAUUCCUAUCGCUAGUCUGUACUCUGAUAACAUGUACACAUUUAGGAAAUAGAUAUAACGUAUGUGGAACGAACUGACUUUUUUGUGGAACGAACUGACUAUAUUGUGGAACAAUCUGACUAUUGAUUGGAACAAUCUGACUUGGAACGAUCUGACCAUGGAACGAAAUGACCGGAUACCGCUCUUGCCUCCCACCCACAUGUAUUCCAUGAAAACGUUAACCAAAAACAGAAACGUUUGAAGUUUGAAAACGUUAUCUAAAGUGGAAAACUAUUUAGUAUGUGCGGAUAUGGGCCAAUACUAAAGCCUCUUCCUGAACUUCUUGGGUAGACAUAAUUGAUUUCCAUCGAUUGGAUACCCCAGGUGCUAGUCUACUCACACUCACACACUUUAUUAACAAAUAUUAACAUUUACAUGAAGUCCAUUUCCGCCCGCAAAUAGCAGGUGCUAUUUGAGGUGGGCAGAGAUACAGGGGUACAGUAGUCAGUGAUAAAUAACAAAUAAAUAAAGAAAUUCAUAAUUAAGUAAAUACUGUAAAGCUUAAAUGUAAAUAAAUAACAUAAAAUAAACCACUUGUAGCAGUUAUGGGUAAGUAUAACUGCGAAACUAAAUUGAGCUACUACUCUAAUCUAGCUGACAAUAUGAAGGAGGAAAGGACAAUAAUCAGAGAGAAAGAAAAGAGAGAACACCCUCUUUUUAUGAGGUUUUACAAGAAUAUUGAGGGUGAAGGACCAAAUUUUCAAGAAUAUGUUAAGAAGAAACCCAUAACUGAGGCCAAGUAAUGAAGUGCUCCCUGUGGUAUUCCACUUGGAUGGGAAAAAGUGAGCAGGGAUUAUGCACCAGUCAAUGUUUAGCCCCAGGGGAGGAGGGUAGGGCAUUCCCCAGGUAUUUGACUCAAUCUCUUCUCCCUUGGGUGGAAAAUCGAAGGUGAUUUGACAAAACUCAAGAUCCCAAGGGUGGGGAUGUUUGACAAGGUUGCUCAAGAGCCUGGAACCCUAAGCUCUAGACCCACCAUAUUGAAAUUAGCCAGAAAAACCUGCCUGGAUUUUUAUAAAGCUUUGAGUUCACCUAUCAUUCACCUGUUUCCUUAGAUUUCUGGAAAUUUUGAUGUAGAAAGUAUGGGAGGUGAAAAGACUUAAAAGAGUCUGUGGUCGUCUAUAAAACAUGGAUCUAAUAAAUUCUGUUGUGUCUAGUGAAGCAACUUUAAUUCUUUUGAUUGAGUGCAGAAGUGCAAGGGUUGGCACCUUCAGUGCUGUGUUGGCUUUAAUUUAAUACUGAUGACUCAGGCUGAAGUGCCCUCUCUUUGUUGCAGAGGAUCUCAGUGUAGCUGAGGGAGAAAAGUUUAUUUUAUGGCAAGGAUGAAUGCAUUGCAAAUUAUUUAAGGGGCUUGAACAUUAUAAAAUCAUACAUUUACCCCCAGGGAAGGGGUAUUUGACAACAGCAAUAAAUUAUUGGCCCUUAGGCGGGGAAUUUUACUUGAAAAUAGAGUAAAAUGACAAAUCCCCCUGGGUAUGCCUGACCCCCCUACCCUGAGGCUAGACAUUGACUGGUGCAUUAAACAAAUCCAGAUAUACACUGAUUGAACCAAACAUGCUUUUGAUGGUUGUCAACUAAUUCUCCUAAUCUACUGUGUGUGCCCUAAAAGCAAGUGUUGUGCCAAUGCACUACACUUCCCAUCUUGGAUAAUAAAAAACAAAUUGCAGAAGGUGGGGGAAAAAGUAAAGAAGGAUUACAAUGUACAUAAGGGUAUCAGGUCAGGAACAGUGAAGAAAAACUCUGUUGUCUGUUCACUCACAGAGGUACUGAUGACAUGGAUCCAGCUGGGUCAUCUUGCUGGGCUGGCUGGCUUUGCAAAGAUCAUGUCAUGUUUAUUAAAUGCAACAAACAUCAAUUUUGUGAUUACAUGACAAUACAACCCAAUAUAGUUUGAUUAUUAGUUGUUAUGCCGAUAUCAAGAUGGCAUUGUACUUGGAUAAAGUUACCUAGGCAAAGCAAGCCAGGCUGGCUCAUAUAAUUUAAACACCAUUCUUAACUGUCAGUCAUUUUCCUUGCAAGAUUAUUAAUUUUUUGUUAUUUGUGAAGUUCACUAUGUUCUAUUGUGCUUGACUGGUGUUGGAUAUUUCCUGCAGGUUGCUUGUGUCUUCAUUCUCAGAGGAGCAGCUGAAUCGUUAUGAAAUGUACAGGAGAGCAGCUUUUCCCAAGGCAGCAAUAAAAAGGGUAACUGACUAUAGACUGGUCAUACCUUAAGUUUGAUAAGUACACAUGUCACUGCGAUUGUGCUCAAUUACCACUCAUCAGAGAAACAAUGUGCAAAGCAGAGCCUGAGGGUACAGUGUAUGUCAGUGCUUCCUCAAACAACCUCCUCAAGCACUAGUCUUAUGGUACAUUUUAACCGAGGUCUGCAGCUCGGCCAUAUUCUGUGUAUUGCUCCAACCAAUAUGAUAUCAUCACUGACAAGAUUUCCAUCAUGUUCCAAAUUUUAAAAUUUGUUGGGAUUGUGUUCGGUAUGAUGCAUUGUUUCACCGUUUAGAGAAACAAUUUCUGCUUUUUUGUUUUUCAGCUCAUGCAAAGUGUAACAGGUGGGACCUCCAUUCCCCCUAAUGUUGUUAUAGCCAUGGCGGGAAUAGCAAAAGUCUUUGUCGGUGAAGUUGUUGAGGAAGGUUUGUGUAUGUUUUCUGCAAAUUUCAACUUUCCAUGUGUCGCAGCAUUCAAAACAGAUGAUAUUAAAAUGAGGUAAUAUAGUGCAGCAAGAAAGUGGCCAACAAACUUCAGGCAAAGUAAUCAUGAAUGUUUUAAGAUGUUGUUUGUGAUCUGUAAUCAUUUAUUGAACAGGCACAUGGUAAAAUGAAAUCUGCUUAUUUGGUCCUCAAGUAUGUGUCAAGAUUGUUUGGGUACAAUCAGGAUAAAAUCAGGAUGUUGAAAAUGACUUUGUUGUACUGUUUUUAAGUGAGAAAUCUAAACUACAAAGUAACAAAACAAAGUCUUUUCUUAAAUGAUUCAUGAUAUUACACCACACAAAAUGGAUAAUUCCUCAGCAGUGUAAAUCACUUUUUAAUACAAACCGAGGUAAACUUGCUUUAAUUCAGGGCCAUGGUUUCUCAAGUUAACCCACAGACUCAGGGCAGACAGUUUGAAUCUUCUACAGUUUUGCUCAUUCAUGCAUGUACCUUUCCUGUAAUUCCUAUGUGAGUUUUUUCUUUCAUCUGUAAACAAUAAUUUUCAAUUGGUAUUUCAUUCAUUUCUUGGCCAAAUAAGUGCUGACAUUGUCUUCAUGUUUAAUGAAAUAAAACCUUAUUUUUUAAGACAUUUACCAAAUGGUAAAUGCAGUUAAUGGAACAUGACGCCACAGAGGGAUAGCCUGAGGAAGUCUGCCCUGAUGUCUGCUCGGUUGUAACUUGAAAGCCUUAUUCAUUAAAUGAAAGCACUCUUUUCUUUAAGCCGUAAACAAAAGCUGUUCAUGGCUGGAACCUUACCAAUUUGUUAAAUGUUUGUCAUUGUAUAUAUUUUAGCAUUGUAUAGUUUGGCUCCUGUUUUCUAGGCCCUAUUCUUGGGUAGACUUUCAUCAUGAUUAGACUAGGUAGCCUAUGGUACAACUGUAUCUAUUAAUCGAGGAAUUGUGUUGUGUUAUGUAUCAAUAAAAAGUCUGGGGGCUCUCUCCUCUCGGUUAAGUCUGUGUUGCGAUUUCCCCCAAGCUUUUAGCAUUGCUUGUGUCUUGCCAUCUCAUUCCUUUGGCUGACCCCACAUUAGUGGGGCCAUAAGUGAGGCUUGUGUUAUUUUGUGUGCAUAACCUGAAGUCGCUUUAACCGGCCACAGGGCUGUGUCCCCCCUUUAUAAGGCCCUCUUGUAGUUGUUGUCUUAUUUUAGCCUGCAUGCUUUAUUUAGUUGUUAAGCAGAAUAGUGACAUUAAGUUGUGAUUUUGUUGGUAAACAGCUUGUGACACUAUGGAGCAAUGUAAAGAGAAAGGACCCAUCCAGCCAAAACAUCUUAGAGAAGCUGUGAGAAAGCUAAAAAGAAAAGGCCUUGUUCCAAACACUAGAUAUCAGAAACGACUCUUUCAUAGGUAA